CCGACGAAAAGCAGGCUGCUGAUUCGGGCGGUUUGGCCAGCCACACGGCAGCUGCAGAGUGGUUGCAACUUGAGACAAUCGAAUUGGAGACGUUCAGGCAGUGUGAUCCGCAAGGGCUGUCGAUUGGGCGGCCAUUGUUUGCCGCUCCCCCUCUCCUUGACCUUUGGGCGGGAAACGUCGCAUCGAGGGAGGGGCCUGUCGACCGAAGGCAGAUUGUAGUUGUCCCUCUGUCGCUUUGCCGUCCUUCUCGCACGCUUACCUUCCUUCCCUGCCAUCGACUCUAUCUGCAAGUAACAGCAAGAUGUCCGCCCGCAAACAAAAGAAGAAGCGUGCCGUCCGACAGAACUCGAAUGUCUUUGCCAUGUUCGAUCAGAAGCAGAUCGGCGAGUUCAAGGAGGCUUUCUCGAUGUUCGAUCACGACUCGGAUGGAUUUGUUGACAAAGAGGAUCUGAAGGAUAUGCUGGCGUCGCUUGGACAAACCCCCACGGACGAAUAUAUCGACGACAUGAUCUCGGAGGCUCCUGGCACCAUCAACUUCACCAUGUUUCUGACUCUCAUGGGAGAGAAAAUGAGCGGCACCGAUCCCGAGCAUGAGAUCCUGCAAGCCUUUGAGUGCUUUGACGAAGGGAAGACGGGAUUCAUCAACGCCGAAGCGCUCCGCGAGCACAUGACAACCAUGGGCGACCGAUUCACAGACGAAGAGGUCGACAUUAUGUUCAAGGGCGCCCCUCUGGAUGCCAAGGGCAACUUCAACUACCGUGAAUGGACCCGGGUACUGAAGCACGGCGAAUAGACUGCCUGGUUGUGCUGCGUGCCGGUCGUUUGGGAGAGUGCUGCUGGGUCUUGAGAGGGGAGGAGCGGAUCGGUCGAAUUCCAAUACACAUCUGUGCCAAUGCGA